AUGGCUAGUUGUUGCGAUUCUUCGAAACUGCACUCUAAGAUGGAGCCCGAUGAAUUAAGCGAUAUACAAUCUCGAUUGUACAAGAUGAUCCCGAAACAAACACAGGACAUGAUAGCGACAGCGAUUUUUCUCGUGGUAUUACCGAUUGGCUUUCUCAUUAACAUAUUCCUCAUUAUGCCUCUUUGGUACCCACCUUUUGGUGAAGCAUGGGUCACCCGUGUUGUCGGCUUUCUUUUCUUGGCGUUCAAUGUAUAUAUGAAUUGGUAUAAAAUGUUGCAAAUUGGACCUAGUGGGUUGAGUCCAGCGCUUCCGAACAUCGUCAAAGCUGGUUUCAGGUAUUGUCACUCGUGCCACACAAAUGCUCCUCCUAGAGCAUAUCAUUGUCCCGUGUGCGAUGUAUGUUGUUUCCGCAGAGAUCAUCAUUGCUCCUUCGGAGCGGUUUGUGUGGGACAUUUUAAUCAAAGAUACUUUGUCGCAGGGGUUGCAAAUCUUUUUGUGCUGAUGCUUCCACUGUUCAGCUAUACAUGGGAAUAUGUAUGGACUCGAAUGGAUGGAGGUUUUUCAUUGGGCCGUUCAUGGCAGAUUUUCCUCCCUCAUCUUGCUCUUUUGGCCAGAGUAAUCUCAUUUCAUCAGUUUUGCUGCAUAGUAUUCUGUGCGUCCACAUUUACGGUCCUACUAUUCGUGUCAUACCUGCUUUUUGCGCAAUUAUUUUGUAUUUGGAAUGGCCAAACAAGGAUGGAGUAUUUGUUAGAAGUACAUGCCUAUCAGCUUGGCCUCCUGGAUAACCUCCGACAAUGCCUAGGAUCCCGAUGGCCUCUAAUUUUUAUAAGCCCUUUCGUUUCUAGUCCUCUACCAUCUGAUGGAAUGUCAUUUGUGACAAGGGAGAUUAAAGAGUUGAACGAUCCGAAAUACCUGUAG